AAGGCUGCGUUUACACAGCAACGCAAAACGUAUCGUUUUUAAAACGAUACACUUUGAACACCGUUUUCGUUUCCAUAGAGUCCUAUCAAGAUUUUCUAUCACGUUUUCAUUCGUUUCUGUGUAAACAGAAGCAUAAAACAGGCACAAAACUGAACGGAUUGCAUCGUUUUCGUUGCCGUGUAAACGCAACCUAAGACCAGCAAUUAGUUGCACCUCCUGACUACUACAGGUCAGUCAGUGUCACUGUGUCAGAUAGUGGAGGGUUUCCUGUUCUGGUGCGAUGGUAACGAGGCAGCUCAAGAGGUCUUUUGAUCACAGCCUGAGGCUGUCCAGAGGCUCUGGACUCAGUGUCGACUACAAUCAAAUAAACGACCAGUCGAAGUUGUUUAUCCUUGACAUCAGAGGUGCUAAGAAUCUACUGAAACAAGACGUCUUUGGAUUGAGUGAUCCAUAUGUUCGGGUUCGAUUUGUAAUAGACAGCAGGUCUGAAAUUCAAACUCUGACACAUCUCUCAACUCAUACAAUAAAGAGGACAUUGUCCCCCCAGUGGAAUGAAAAACUUUAUUUCAUACUUGAUGCUGAUGUCUUUGCUGUGAUUUUGGAUGUUUUUGAUGAAAAUAUUCUAACUAGGGAUGAUCAUUUAGGUCGGGUUCUUCUAUUCUUUGAUACUUCAAGGCCUCCGGUGACUCUGCCCGGCCCCAACACAUUUGUACAGUUCCCUAUUGUGGUGAGGGAGAAUCCCGGCUACUCAAACUGGAUAGAGGAACAGGCCACACGACUAACCAACCUACCCAUUAAUCUCAAGUACUCACCUGACGUGUUGCAGCAGUUGAAUUUACUUUGCGAAGUACCAGCCUGGAGGAACACUCUUGAAAAGCUAAGAAAUGAAUACCAUACCAAGACUAAUAGACAGAUUAAUGCAAUACCUACUGGGUAUUUGACCAUUCAUUAUUCCGUACUAUCACCUGAUCUGAGUGAAUCAAUGUCACUGAUUGAGGAGACUGGUGUUAGAGUGGUACCAAGAAUGAGGAUUGAACACGUCCAUCGUCAUGACAACGAGGAGACCACAUCUACUUCUGGUAGCACUGCUCGGGACGAUAAUGAUGAAAACCUUGCAUCAGUAUUGGGUUUUGAGAUGGUGGAGAGAGAGGAUGUUGACAGCAGCAGUGAUGAGGAGGAGGGGCUACCCAGCGGCUGGGAGAGGAGAGUGGAUUCUAAUGGACGUCGAGUGUUUCUUCAUCAUCUCACAAGGACAACCUCUUUAAGACGACCCAACAUAAGACGACCAGAACAACAACCAACAACAGGAAGGAGCUACCUACCACGACUUAACAGCAUUGAUAUGACGGAGGUGUCUUCAGGUGAUGAAACAGGUGAGGAUGAGAGAGAGGAAGAGACCACGGUCCAGCCCUCAGCCCCCCCACUGCCACCUGCACCGGAACCCUUCACUCCUUCACUGGACCGCUCAAGAGAAUCAACACCACAGGGGUCACCUUCACCGGGCCCCUCAGGCCCAACAUUAGAACCUGCACCGGACCCCUCACCUAACACUAGUUCUGUUAGUCAGACUACAGCAAGUCCUCAAGCCACGCCCCCUGCCCCCGUCAUACCUCCCAGACCAACUUUAACACCACAACAACUGAAAAUAGCAAAACUGCAAGAAGGGUUACCCCAGGGUUGGGCAGUGGCCAUUGCUCCUGAUGGUAAGACAUUCUACGUUGACCACAUCAACAAGAAGACCUCAUGGGACCGCCCCAAGAUGCAAGAACGCAAGCCACAGCGGGCGGAGAGAGGAGCAAAAUCACAACCAGUCCUUCAGGACGAUGACCUCCCCCCAGGCUGGGAGGUGAGAAUCACUAAAGAAGGACAGAAGUAUUACGUUGAUCACGCCAACAAGAAAACCACUUGGGACCAUCCAAAGAAAGGUGGUCUGGGUCCAGUUGGUCUAGGUCCAUUACCACCUGGUUGGCAGAUGAAGACUAGAGCUGAUGGUCAAGUGUUCUUUGUGGAUCACACCACAAAGUCCACUCAAUGGGAAGACCCACGACUAAUGGCAGCUAACAAACCAGUCCAUAAAAUGCAAUAUUCUCGUGAUUAUAAGCAGAAGUACAAUAACUUUAUGACUCAACUUAAGAGAGGACAACCUGAGCCCAGUUUUGCAAACAAGUUCACCAUACCGGUCAAACGGUCCAACAUUCUUGAAGACUCCUUCAACGUAAUAUCAAGAGUCCCCACUUCAAAACUGUCCUGCUUCAAGGGACGAAUGUGGGUGGAGUUUGACGGAGAGAGAGGACUAGACUAUGGAGGAUUAGCAAGGGAGUGGUUUCAUUUGUUAUCUCAUGAAAUGUUCAAUCCUUAUUACGGACUUUUUGAAUAUUCUGCAAGUGAUGAUUAUACACUACAGAUCAAUCCUGACUCUGGAGUAUAUAAUGAAUAUCAUUUGGACUAUUUCAAGUUCAUUGGUCGGGUCUGUGGAAUGGCAAUAUACCACAAGAACAUCAUUGAUGCUUUCUUCAUUCGUCCAUUCUAUAAGAUGAUAGUUGGUCGUCCCAUUACUUUGAAGGACAUGGAGUCAGUUGAUGUUGAACUCCAGAACAGCAUUCAAUAUAUAAUGGACAACGAUCCUGAACCACUCUGUCUGACCUUCUCUGUUAACAAGACCAUAUUUGGAGAAGUGAUAGAAGAGGAGUUAAAACCAGGUGGCAAGGACAUUGAAGUGACGGAGAGCAACAAGAAAGAAUAUAUCAACUUAAUGAUUGAAUGGAGAUUUACAAGAAGAGUAAAGGAACAAAUGAACGCAUUUAGGAAUGGCCUGUCUGAUGUUAUUCCACUUCAUAUGCUCAAAGUGUUUGAUGAAAGAGAGUUAGAGUAUCUGCUAGGAGGACUAGCUGAGAUUGAUGUCAGUGACUGGAAGAGGAACACUGAGUAUUCCGGUGGAUAUACAGCUACUGAUCUCCCUGUGGUCUGGUUCUGGAAGGCUGUGGAAAAUUUUGAUGAUGAAAUGAGAGCAAGGCUCCUUCAGUUUGUGACUGGAACAUCUAAAGUACCAAUGAAUGGGUUUGCUGAGUUACAAGGAAGCAGUGGCCCAAGGAAGUUUUGUAUUAAGAAAUUUGGAGCUGAGAAUGACUUGCCCAGAGCCCACACUUGUUUCAAUCGGAUAGACCUACCACCCUACCCCAGUUACUACCGACUGAAAGAGAACCUCAAACUAGCAGUGGAGAACACUGAGGGAUUUGAAGGAGUUGAUUAACAUUAUCGUUAUUAUUAUUAUUAUUAUUAUUAUUAUUAUUAUUAUUAUUAUUAUUAUUAUUAUUAUUAUCAUUAUUAUUAUUACUAUCGACCAAAAUACACCAAGUAGGACAAUAGUAGUACAAUAUUUUUGUUAUUUCCGUAUUAUCAUUAUUUUCUAGUAACUUUCUCUCUCUCAAUUGUUCUAAUCUUCAUGGUGUUACCAUUCACUGUAUAAUGUAUUGUGAUUGUGUCUGUACUGUAUUGUGAUUGUUUGAUGUGUUGUGUGUGUUUUUAUGUGCAGCUGUUUUAGUUCCUGUGAUUGUCUUUUUUAAUUUUAUCAA